UCCUCGUCCCGGACGCGCGCGGUUAUUGGCCAAAAGCGGCCGCCGACAAUAGCUGACCAGCGACGAUGAAGCGCCGGAUGGGCAGCGACGCGCGGAAGCGGCUGGGCGCGUACGAGAAGCACGCAGAGAUCGGGCGCGGCACCUACGGCACCGUGUACCUGGGGUACCACGCCGAGUCGCGCGCGCGCGUGGCCAUCAAGAAGGUGCUCGGGCCGCUGGAGGCCGGUCGCCACGAGGCCGCCGUGCUGGGCCGAUGCCGCGGGGCCGCGCACGUGGUGCAGCUGCUGGAGGCCGUGGAGCGCAAUGACAAGCUCUACCUGGUGCUCGAGUACAUGGACAGCGACCUGGAGACGCUGAUCGGCGCCACCGAGAGCGCGCCGACGCUGGACGUGGCGCAGGUCAAGGCGUACCUGCGCAUGCUGCUGCUGGGCGUGCAGGAGCUGCACGCGCGUGGCGUCCUGCACCGCGACCUCAAGCCCAACAACCUGCUGCUGUCCAAGACGCAGCGUGUGGCCAAGAUCACGGACUUCGGCAUGGCGACCAUAGUGGAGGACGGCGGGGACACGGACGCCGACGACGCCGCGCAGAAGCCCAAGCGCUCGGUGCAGGUGGUGACGAGGGCCUACCGCGCGCCCGAGAUCUUCUUCGGCGAGGAGCGGUACGGCUUCGAGGUGGACGUGUGGUCCGUCGGCUGCAUCUUCGCCGAGAUGCUGCUGCGCCGCCCGCUGGCCGACGGGUCCUCAGACAUCGACCAGCUCAGCAAGAUCUUCGCGGCCUUGGGCUCCCCCGCCGAGAACGGGUGGGACGAAGCCAGCGAGCUGCCGUUUUUCCUGCGGUUCAAGGACACAAACCCCACGCCGCUAGCCGAGCAGUUCCCGAUGCUGUCGGAGGCCGGCGUGGACCUGCUGGGGCAGUUGCUACUGCUCAACCCCAAGAAGCGGAUCUCCGUGGACAAGGCGCUCCAGCACGAGUUCUUCCGCGAGAAGCCCGAGCCGGCGGCGCCGUCCGACCUGAUUAUCGUUGACGCCCCGGACCGCGUCGAGCCGCCCGUUGUCGACGGCACCGACGUCGUGGUGGCGUCAGAUGCCAGCCAUACAUUCAUGAUCAAGGGCCGGCGACUUUUGUAG